AUGGCGACCCGCGAAGAUCGUUAUUACAGCAGCACUCGAGCAAGAACUCCCGGCGCAGAGCAAGGUGGCGCAUUCUUCCAGACUGGCCAGGGUGGGCGGACUCUCCUACCGCCUAUAGAUUCGGCUUUUCCAAUCUCACAUUUUCCAGUGCCACCACAAAGCCAGUACUCGCAACAACGGCGGUACGACUAUAAUCAACCGUACAAUAAUCAAUGGGGAAACCAAGCAGCCAUGUCGAGUACCCCACAACCUACCUUCCCGUAUUAUGACGAUGGUCGCUAUUCAAACCAACAGGCUUACUCUGGCAUGUAUAUACCAAGACCUGCCACCACUGCACCCCAUCACCAUGACACAAGGAAACUUCCACCGCUGAGUACCCACUCAUCGUCACCACCACGAGAUGAACGAUGGGCUCCUUCGUCUUAUGGCACCACAGGCUCCCAUGGCCCACCGCCUCCAUAUACGGGUCACAUUCGCUCUCCUACUGCAUCUUACCCAGCAUCAUAUAAUCCUCCAAGUUAUCCUGCUGCCUCUAGCUACCCCUACCAGGUCGGCGUAACCCCCCCAUCCCGACCCACGCAAUACCUCGCCCUAUGGUCGCCACCCCCCGGCUCCUCCAACUCCGCCACCCGUUUCACCAUCUUGAAUGAGACAUAUGCUCGAACAGCCUUUCCUUCCACAGAAGAGCGUCAACGCUUGGCCAAACAACUGGACAUGUCGCCACGUAGUGUUCAGAUUUGGUUCCAAAAUAAAAGACAGUCGACGCGGCAAACGAAUCGACAGUCCUCCACCCCCCACCAAUCGUUCUCGAUGGCAUCCGAUGAGCAGCUACUAGAUGAGAUGGAAUCACCAACUUCUCAACUGCCAUCAUCCUCACAUCGGCGCAUGCGAAGUCAAGAGGACGCAUUGGAUCUUAGACCAUGGCCUUCCCGCGGCUACUAA